AUGAAAGCAUAUACUCAAAUCUAUGUAUACCGAAAUAAAUUUCUUGGUCUCUCUCUCAUAAGAUUUUGCUCACCCUUGUCUGUCUUUCUUUCUUUCUUUCUUUCUUUCUUUCUUCCUCGUUCUCUUUUUCUUUCUAACUUUUUCUUUCCUUCUCUUUUCUUUCUAUCUUUUUUCUUUCUCUUUCUUUUUUCUUUGUCUUCCUUUCUUUAUUCUUUGUCUCUUUUUUUCUUUUUUCUCUUUUUCCCUCUCUCGUUUUCUCUCUUUUUUCUCUUUCUCUUUCUAUCUUUCUGUCUUUUUGCUUUUCUCUCUGUCUUUUUCUCUCUUUUGUCACUCGUUUUUUUCUUUUAUUCACUUUUUUCUUUUUUUUCUCUUUUUGUCUCUUUUUCUCUUUCUUCUCUCUUUUCUUUUUUUUCUUCUAUCUCCCUAUCUCUAUCUCUCUCUGCGUCUCUCUUUCUAUUUCUCUGCAUUAUACAUUUUAUUGCACUUAUGAAAAAUCAAGAAGCAUUCCUAGUCUCUGCCAAUCCCUCUCUCUCUAUUUCUCUCUCACUCUUUCUAUCACUAUCUCUCCGUCUUUCUCUCUAUCUAUAUAUCUCUUUCUCUCUCUAUCUAUAUAUCUAUCUAUAA